AUGAACGCAUCAUUCAUUGGAGUAAUAUUUUGUUUUAUUGGAUCGUUUUUAGGGGCAUUGGGGGAUAAAUAUGUUCAUGAUAGUUAUAAUAUUGAUAGCAAUAAAUUAUAUGCAAAUAAAAAAAAGACAAUGUGGAUAAUUGGAAUAUUGUUAAGUGUAAUAAUCGAUCCAAUUUUUACAGUCAUUGCAUUAUAUUUUACUUCAGCAGCAGUUGUUGCUCCGUUUUCGGGUGUGCAUAUUUUAUGGAAUUUAGUAAUAACAAAUGUUUCGUUAAAAAUCAAAAUCAAAUUACAUCAAUAUAUGGGAACAUUUUUUUUAAUAUGCGGUAUAACUUUAAUUAUUACAUUUUCAGAAAAAAAUACUGAUAUUCUUAAUAUGAAAGAUUUAAUUAAUAUAUAUUUACAGCCAAUAGUCAUCAUAUACAUUUGUUCGGUCUUUCUUAUAAUAACUAUAUUGUUAAUUAUAUGCAUAACCCCAUUAUUUUGUAAUAUUAUCCAUGAAAAUAAAAAAAAUACAAAUAAUAGUAGCAUAGAUAUUAAUGAUAACCUUGAUAAUCAUAUUAGUGAUAUGAAAAUUUAUCAUGAUAAAAAAAAUAUUAGCAAUUAUAAUGAAAUAUCAGAAAAUUACGAAAAAAAAAUAGAUCAAAAUAUAAGUAAAAAUUUAAUUGGCAAUGUGAAAAAUAAUAUUAACGAUCAUAUUGAAGGUGCUACAUGCCCUAACAAUAAUGAAAAUGAUUGUUUAUAUAAAUAUACUUAUAAUAGUAAUGAUUUAUAUAACAACACUUUUGAGCAUUCAUCUAAAUAUUUAUAUCUUAUUUAUAGUAGUAACAUUCCUAAUAAUAAAAGUGAGCAAAACAAUAAAGCUAUACACCGAGUAUAUAAUUAUAAAAUUGCUAAUAGAUUAUCGAGAAAAGAAGAAUAUCCCUUAAGUCGUUCAAAAAAACUGAGAUUAAAUCAUUUAUUAAAAAAAAGACAAAGAAAAUGUAAUAGUGGUAAUACUAAAAGGUAUCGACCCCAAAAAUAUAAAAUUAUGCUUAUUAAUAAUAAAAAAAAAAAAAAAAAUAUCGAAGCAAAAGAUGAUAAAAAGGAGAGACACUUGUAUCAUAACAAAUGCGAUAACAGCAACGAAAAUAUUCAAAGUAAAACAAAUUUGACAAUAACACAAUCUUAUAUAUAUAGCAUGAAAAACUACAAAAAAAACGAAGAAAUAUAUUAUGAAUAUGCACACACACCAUUUUUGCCAUUUUAUUCAAGUCACAGAAGUAUGUCAGAUUAUGAAAAAAAAAAAAAAAAAAAAAAAAAAUUUUGCUCCAUUUAUUACCGAAUAUGUUGUUGUACAUUAUGUGGAAUGUCAGGAGGAUUAGUAAAUAUAUUUUCUGAACAUAUAAUAACAAUUUUUUCAUACGAACAAUUUUACAUAUUCCAAUAUUCUUUCACAUACCUUAUUACAAUUUUAACAUUAUUUUGUUUAUCUAAUCAGCUCAUUUUUUUAAACGUUUCCCUAUCAAAGUUUAGUGUUACAUCCGUUAUCCCUUUAAUUAUGUCAAAUAUUGUUUUCCUUAGUAGUCUAACUACUAUUGUAAUGCAAAUAAAUGAGUCAAAAAUGAGCCGUUGCAGUAUUCUAUUUUUUUUAUUAGGGGCAUUUUUAGUUAUAAUAGGUAUAUUAUAUUUGCAAUAUAACAUAAAUCAAGUACUAUUCAAAUAUUUUAGGAGAAAAAUAAAAUAG